CGUCGGCCGGGGCUUCAAGUCAAUCAAGUGUAUAUAUACAAAAGCCGACCGGGCUCUCAGACCUUGUAGUAUCUGAAUUCUGAAUAUCGAUCGAUGGUGCCGUCCCAGCCUGAUGCAGCAGCCCGGCGGGGGCCGGCGGGGAAGGGGAAGAGAAGCGCGUGGCUGGCGGCGGACGGGAGCAAGCGGUGGGGGGAGGCCUUCUUCCUGCUCUACACGCCCUUCUGGCUCACGCUCUGCCUCGGCCUCGUCGUCCCCUUCAAGCUCUACGAGAGGUUCACGGAGUUGGAGUACUUGGUUAUUGGUUUGGUGUCUACCGUGCCUGCGUUCCUCAUUCCGCUCUUCAUCGUAGGCAAGGCGGACAGUAUUAGAAGUUUGAAAGAUCGUUACUCGGUCAAGGCUAAUGUUUGGAUUAUGAUUUUCAGUUAUGUUGGUAACUAUUUUUUGACACAUUACUUCUUCACGGUUCUUGGUGCGUCAUAUACUUUUCCAUCAUGGAGGAUGAAUAAUGGUGUCUUGGUCGAAAUGCAACAAAUCAGAAUACUUGGCACAAUCCGCAACUCGGCCAUGACACCAUACUUGGUACCACAUACAACAUUUCUCCUGACUCAUGCUUGCUUUCUGUUUUAUCACAUGACAUCAAAUAUGACACUUCGCAAAUUACGUCACUCUAUAGUUAAUUUGCCGGUGUCUCUUCAAUGGUUGUUUGAAGCCACAUGGAUUUUAGCACUCGCAUACUUCAUAGCAUACUUGGAGACCUUAGCCAUUUCAAAUUUUCCAUAUUAUGAAUUUGUCGAUCGGGAUAUAAUGUACACCGUAGGCUCGUUGUUUUAUGCCCUAUACUUCCUAGUCAGCUUCCCAAUGUUCUCAAGGAUUGAUGAGAAAACAGAGAAGUGGAGCCUGUCGAGGGUGGCCAUUGAUGCCCUGGGUGCAGCAAUGCUCGUCACGAUAAUACUUGACUUGUGGCGCAUAUUUCUGGGGCCAAUAGUGGCCAUCCCUGAGUCAAGACGGUGUGCCCAGCCAGGUCUCGCAUGGUUCCACGUGCAAAGAGAGGACAUCUAAUCCUCUAGGAACGCUGCAAAUUCUUUGUUUCCCACAUGACAGUGCUAGAUCUUCACAGACUGUACUCAUUAGUCACUAUAUACUUUACCACCAGAGCCCUAGAUGGAUGUUGUAGACCUGGUACAUAAUUGUGGAUGAUUUGUAAUCCUUGUUGUUGGCUUGGUUUGUUGUUUACGUGCAAUGGUUGCUUCAUUGUUAAGCCUUAUUCAUGGUCACGCCUUCUUCAUCUUUAUUCGGAAUCAAAUUUCGGAACACUUGUGGUUACUCCAUUGCACUUGAAUA